GGAGUGGAUCGCUUGAACGGGAGUUUUCAUAUUGUCAUACGUGGCGUCAUUGUAUCAACGCGUUCGCGGCUUCGCGCCCUUUAGUCUUUUAGUACUUAUCAGACAAUAUAGACAAGGCCGUGCCGCGGUUUUUAUUGAUAUGGUCGACAAGGGACGUUGGUGGAUAUUCAAAAUAUGUGCCAUCUGCGUAUUGUGUUCGUGUUUCGUACUUUUUGUAGUUUUUCCUGAGGUAAAUAACUCUAUGUAUUCAAAUUCUUCGGUAUUCCGAGAGCCCGAAAGACUUCUUUGUUUUUAAUGUUAUUAGCAUUAGUAGAUACGCAGUAUUAAGUACUUUUUAGGACUGUUGUUAAUGCAAUUUUUUGGUUUUUAGUAUUUUAAGUAUAUAAAAUGUCUGUUACUAUGGUCAUUAAUACACCAUCAACGUCUAGUAAUACACGUGAAGCCAAAAAACGAAAAUUGGACAAAAUGAUUGAUGGAUCAAUUGUCAAACUAAUGUUGAAAAACUUCAUGUGAGUAUAAUAUUGAAUAUAUUUUAAAAAUAUUUUUUAUUUUAUAACUAUUUUAAUGUUUAAUAUAAAUAGUUUCGGUAAUAUGAUUAAUCAAAUUAUCUGUUCAUAAUAAUAGUAUUUGUCAAAAUAAAUUAUAAAUAAAAAAAAAAAAAUUGGCAAAUUUUAAUGAUUAGUUCGAAAACAUUCCACUUUAGAUCUUGUAAACAAAUGCCUCUAUUAUAUAUUUAUCAUCAAACCGAUUUGAACCAUCAGCAUAUAACUGUGGGUCUAUACCAGUAAAUCCAACAUCGAAAUCAUUCAACAUAGUCAACAUAUUGCCUUUUGUACCAUUGUAGUAGCAUAUCGGACAUCAUCCACAGCGAUCUGAAGAUAUCAUCUAUCCAGAAUAAAAUCAAGAGGUUUACCAACAAACAUUCAAAUAGACUUCGUAGUGCUGCUAAACAAUUUUUCAACAAUUUACAAGAUAUGCACAUCAAUUGAUGACUUUUAGUUUAAGUGACUUGGACGAAGGAUCAAAGAUACUCCAUUGAAAGUAUUACCCCAAUAUGUUUAUGUAUACAUAUAUAUUUACAAGUAUAUUUACUAUCUACUCAUAAAUGAUGUAUUAUUUAUACACUCAUCUUAAUUUAUAUUAAUAAAGGCUAUUGGUCAUUUAAAUAAAGAUGCCUCAUGCAUUUAAUGAGAGAAAAUAAUAUUAUGUUGAAUAUAUUGACAGAUCUGUGCACAAACCUCAUAUUUUGAAUAAUUAAUUUUUUCAGGAAACCAAAAAGUGGUAAACGUUAAUCAAAUUUUAAUAAUAUAUGAAAUUAGUUGUGGUAUGUAAAAAGAAUGCUGGUAAUCGAGCUUAGUAGAAAUGGGGGAUUUGGGUGGUAGAUAAUAUUUGGGAAUAAAGUGAAGGAAGAAGAAACAAAAAAUAUGAAAUUUGAGUUUACUAUGCUACUACUACUACUACUAUACUACUAUACUACUAAUAUUAUGAAUAUGUAUUUAAUAGAUGUAAUGUAUAUAGAUUAUUACUGUCAAUUAAGAACACUUAUGUAGUGUUUUAAUUUUCGAUAAUUUUUAUAUGUUGUUCUAUUAAUUAGAUUGUUCUUUAGAGUAAGUACAAUCUAAGUUUUAUAUAAUUCUUUAAGUUUUUAUAUAUCUGCUAUAUGUUUUAACUAAUAAAUGGUCAAACAAAUGCAUUAUUUAUUUUGAUCAUACAUUUUAGAUAUUUAGGAUGAUUUUUGUAUAAUUGUUUAAUUUAAUGUAGAACUUAAUUACCUACAUUUAUAUUAAGUAUUUAUCUAUUUAUAUGUAUUUAAUGUUUAUAAAUAUAUAAAUUAGAUAUUAAUAAAUGCAAAUAAUCUAUAGUUAGUUUAUUUUAAAACAUUUCUUAGCUUAAAAUAUAUUUGUGUUCUGCUUCUCUAAUUUAAUACUAAUUAAUUAAUUUUUGUAUAGGACUUUUAGCGAAGUUACAUAUACUCCAAAUUCAAAAUUAAAUUUAGUAAUUGGACCCAAUGGAUCUGGAAAAUCGUCAAUCGUAACUGCAUUCAUGUUAGGUUUUGGUGGUAGCCCUAAAGACAUUAACAGAGGAGAAAAAGUAAAUAUAAUUGUACUAAUAAAAUAGUAUUUCAGAUCAUUAAAUUACAUUAUUUUUCUUAUAAUGCUUAUUGUCUAUAUUAAUAUGUUUUGUUUUCUUUUGUGAUGUAGGUGAGCCAGUUUGUAAAAAUAGGGGCAUCUGUAGCAGAUAUUUUUAUAGAACUUUAUAGACAUUCCAAUUCAAAUAUUAAUUUAAGACGAACAAUAUUUGUUGGUAAUGAAACUUGUCACUAUUAUAUUAAUAAUGUCAUGGUUUCAAAAAAAAAGGUGAAGAAUAGUAUUUAAUACUAUCCAUAUUGUUUAUUUUAAAAUUGAUUGGUAUUAUAUUGUAUAUUUGAUAUAUUUAUAGUACAUUGAUCUAGUAGAAAGUUUAAAUAUACGAGUACAUAACUUGUGUCAGUUUUUACCUCAAGAUAGACUAGAAGAUUUUUCUAAAUUAGACUCUAAAGGUUUAUUAUUAAGUGCUUUCCAAAGUAUUGGUAAGUAUAGCAUGGCUUUGAUUAUUAAAUUUAGUAUUGUUUAAUAUGAAAUUAAUCUCAAUUGCAGAAGAUCAAGAAUUGUUAAACAAUUUUAAUAAAUUAAAAGAACUUGCUAUUAAUGUGUCUGUAUCAGAUGCCGACUUAAAGAAAUUACAACAUAAAAUUGAAAUAGAAACUGCUACUAAUUCAAAGUAAGCAUUUAUUUUAUAAACUGAAUAAUAAGUAUUAAAUAAUAUGUAUUCUUUAGAUUGGAAACAAUAGUCAGCUCAUUUACAGAAAAAGAAUUAUUAGAAGACCGAUUAUUGGCUAUUGUACAAAAGAGAUGUUGGUCUUUAUAUAUAUUAACUUGGAACCAAAUUAAAAUAGUAUGUAUAUUAUACUUCAUGUUAUGCUGUUGAAAGUGUGACAGUUUGAUUCUUAUAGGAAUCUCACUUGUUAGUUUAGUACAACAAAUUAUUAAGAAAACUUUAGAAAUAUGUGUAGAAAUUAAUUUUUAAUAAAAUUAAAAACUGAUCUCUCUUUUAUGUAAAUUAAGAGAAUUAUGUCAAGACCACUAUCAUUUCAUUAUUAUUUAUCUUAUUUUUUCUUGAUUCUCUAAAUUUCUUCAAGAUUUUAAUUGAAAAUCGAUAAAAUUUUUAAAAAUUAGAGCAGAAAAGUCUCAAAACAAACUAAACAUUUUGAAAAAUAAUCAUAAUUGUAAAAUUAGUUUUUAUGUACUGAUACUUCACUAUUUGUAGUUAUAAUUAUAAUGUCUUCUAUAUAUUAUUAUUAAUAAUUUGUUUUUUAAAAAAAUAUUAGUUUGUCACAUUAACUAUGUCAUUUGAGUGACACAUUCUUUUAAUAUUUUAUUUUUAUUUGAAUACAUUUGAUUAAAAAAAAAAAAAAAAUACCUAGUUAAAACCAAUACAUUCCUUACUAUGCUCAGAAUUUAAAAUAAAAUAUUUAUUCAAUGUAUUGAUUAUUUAUAACUACUGAUUAAGAAAUUUAAUAUAAUGUACUAGUUUAACCGGCAAAUGUUGUUUUGCUCGUAAACAAUUGUGUAUUUAUGGCAUGAGAGUAUUCAGCCAUUCUUAGUUAAAUGUUCUGCUGUCAAUACACAACAAUAAUGGAUUGUUGAAAAUAAUUAAUUAAUGAAAGCUGACAUUUUAAAAUUAUAUUAAAAAGCUAAACAAACUCUUUUUAUGAGAUUCAAUGUCGAUUCUUUUGAUCUGUACCAUAAUUAAAAUCAUUAAAUAUUGAAAUUACCCAUAAGUACAUUCUUGGAUUUUGUUGAAAUAAAUACAAAUUAGAUUAUAUGUGAACUAUAAUUGAAGGAUCUGAGAAAAAAACACGAUAAGUUUAUUUUUGGUUAUUAGACACAUUUUAUUAGUUUCAUUAUGUACUAUUAAAUGGUAAUAAUACCAAUUGAGUAAAACAUGAAUAGUUCAGCAAAGAAAUAGAACUAGUAAUGUUCUCGUAAUUUAAAAUUUGUGACUUUCUGUUCUUUUCCUGAGCUCCUUAAAUGUGUUAUAUUAUUUAUUUAAAAUUGAUAUUUUUAAAAAUAAAGUGAUUGUAUGAUUUUUAUCUGGAUACUUUUUUUCUCAAGGAAAAAAGAAAAUUUAACGAUGCAAAUACAAAUAAUGAAUUAGCUCUGAGUAUUAUUUAUAAGCAAAAACAACUUAUCGAUACUAAGGAAACUGAAAAUAACAAUUGGAAAUCAAUUGUUUUGGAACAAGUAACUUAUUAAAAAUUAAUUAAGCAAAAUGAAUAUUAAUAAAAUAAUUAUUUUUACAUUUAACAUAAAUCAAUUAUUUUGUUUAGUUUAAUAUUGGAUGUAAGUUAUUAGAAAAAAUAAAUGGCUACGUUAGAACUGCAAAUGAUUCGGUGAAUGAUAUUAAAGAAAUACACAAAUCAUCUAAACAGACUAAAGAAAGAAUUGAAGAUUAUAGAGAAUCUAUAUUAUCUAUGGAAGAAAAGUUAGAAAGUAUAAGAAAGGAAACACUAAAUGUUGAAGGUAAAAUUAAAAAUAUUUAAGUACAUCAAAUUAUAAUAUAACUGAUUGUAAACAGAAUUUAUCUUUAUAUUAAAUUUAAAUUUGUAUAGAGUAUAAACAGGAACUUGUUCAAAUCAAUAAAAAAAUAGUAAGCAUUGAUGAAAAACUUGAUCCUAUGAAAAGAAAUUUAGAGGAUGUUAGAAACAAAUUGAAAGGUGUAACUAAUAAAGUAUAUGGUUAGUAUUUUAAAUAUCAAACUCAUAUUUUUCUAAUACGUAUGUUAUAUUUUUUGUAUUUAAUACACUUUUUUUAUAAAUAAAGCAAUUGAUCAAGAACUUGAACGAGAGAAACGAAAAGAAGAUGGUAAAAAUCAGUUAUUGCAAAGAAAUUUUCCAGAAAUUUGGAAAGCUAUCAGUUGGUUAAGGAAAUGUGACAAAAAGUCAAUUUUUGUUGGUCAAGUUUUUGAACCUUUAUUUACCCAGGUAUUAUAAAAUAACAAAGUAAAAAAAAGUGGUAAUGUUUAUGAGUAGGCUACUCAUUGUAGUUGAAAGAAUAGGAUAUACAGGAUAAUUUAGUAUAUAUGUUACAUCCUAUCUGGUGAACUGCUAAUAUUAAUAAAUAUUGCAAAUAAAGUACUACCAGAUAGAAAUGUUGUUUCUAUUUAUUUACUUUAGAAAAAAUUGGAAUAUUUGUCUAACCAAAAAGGUUUAUGUAAAAAAAAAUCGAAAACUCAUUUUUUGGAGAAAUAUUGAGAAUUUCAAAAAUGUUUUAAUUAAAGUAAACAAUUUAUUAGGAAAAUUCAUAUUUUUAAUAGUAUGUUGAGAUGUUACAAACCCUGAUUUUUAAGGUCGAACCAAACUUUUCUUAAAAUUAAUGAACCCGAACCAAACCGAACUUUAAAAAUAUUUUAUCGAACUCGAACAUUAAAAAACUGUCAUGAUAUAUACAAUAUUCUAUAUAUCAUAAUUUUAAUAUUAGCCUGUUAUAUAAUAUUAUAUUACUGAUUCAAUAUUAUAAUUUUAUAUCAGUACACAUUUUUAUAUUAGUUUUAUUAUCUAGUUAUUAAGUCGAUUUAUAUUUAAUAAUAUUUAAUGUCUUGAUGAUAAUAAAAUAAUAUAUGAUUUUGAUAACUGGAUGUCAACACACACUCUCCCAUGUUUUUUCCUUAUAUAUUCCCCAGCCUAAUCAUCUCAGCCAGAGCCUUUCUUUGCACCGAGACGUAUGUUGCUCUUUUUCCUGUGUGUGUUUUUUUUGUGUUAAUAAAUUACCAUAAUUUUAUUUGUGUUUUACUUUAAUAUCGCUACUAUGGAAAUAUUGUUGCUGAAGAAAUUCUAUCCAGGUAGGUAAGUAUAUCAUUAUACAAUUUGCAUUUCUUAUUUAUUUCCUAUUAUCAUAGUAAAUGAUUUAUUCUAGUAUUUUUUUAAUUUAUUACAAAAUUAAAAAUAUUAGGUUAGUUCAAAAAAUUUGAAAAUUAAAACUAAAAUUAUAAUAUUACAUGGAAAAACUAAUGCGAAAAAAAUAGAAUUUUUCCUUUUCGUAACAAGGCCGUAGUACCUUACCACAGAAUAUUGUAUAGGUGACCACACAGAGUCAGCAUCGAAUGAUUUUCGAACCAAACUAUUGGGUAUUUGGUUCGGUUUGAUUAUUUGCAAUUUUCAGUUUGAUUUGCAAACUAAACUGAAUAUCCUGAGUUUGGUUCGAUUUGGUUCAAAAAUCAAACAGUUUGUCACAUCUCUAAUAGUAUGCAAUGAGGAUUUAUAUUAACUGUACAAAUGUUAAAUCAAAAAACAAAAACAAUAUUAUCUAAUUAAUAUUUUUUUCAUUAUAUCCAGAAUCUUAAAAUAUGCUAUUUUAAUCCAUAAAAUAUUUUUAAAACUUAUUUAUAAUAUUAUAGAUUGAAGUACUUGAUAAAAAAAAUGCCAAGUAUAUUGAAAGUAUAGUAAAUUAUCGUGAUCUGAUUGCCUUUGUUUUUGAGUUUGGAGAAGACUUGUCUACAUUCAAUAGAAUAAUUAAAGAACAACGUUGGCAAAGAAUUAAUACAAUAUCUGCUCCACCUCCUAAUUAUAAAGUUAAUGAGAUAUCAAAUUACAAUAUAAAUGAAUUAAAGUAAGGAAUAUAAUUGUUAAAUAUUAUUUUAUGUUUUAAAACAUAGUCUAUUAAACAUGAUAACCUCUGACCAUAGGCAACACUUAAUGAGUAUUCACCCCAUGGCAGGUGUACAGACUUUCAAUAAAUUAGACAGAAACUAAUAGCUGGACAAGAACCCAGACUGCACACUGUAAAUUGUAUUUAAAUGUUCAAGUGUUUUCUAUUAGGCACAUAGAAUCUACUGCUUCAGCCCAUCAAAUCACAUUUAUCCAAUGUUUAGAAAAACUGAUUUUCCAACUUUGAUUUCAAAUUGUUGAAUUUGUUUGGUUAUUAAAAUAUAUUAGGGCCAAUAUUAAUUUUUACCAAUAUCUGAUGUACCGAUAAAUGCUGCCGAUAUAAAACCAAUACCCGAUAAAUAAUAUUUGAAAUCAAAAACAUUAGUUGAUAUUGUAAUAACCGAUCUAUCAGUUUAAAUCCCAAUUUUGAAAUACUUCUUUUCAUAUUUCAGAGACAUGAACAUUUUUUUUAAAAAUAUCAGUUUUAGAAAGAAAAAACCAAUACCACAAAUGUGGAUUAUUGUUUUAUAUAAUUUCCCAUCCACAAUAUUUAAUAUAUUAUAUUAUAUUAGAUUUCAAUUUCUAUGUUAUAUUUGCUAUAUACUAUAUAUUGCAUGUGAUACAAAAAUAUAUACUAAAUAAAUAUAACCUAGUAACUAAUAAGCAUUAUUUUUUUUUUUUUUAAAUAGACAAUUUGGUUUCCACUCAUAUGCAAUGGAUUUGAUAAAUGCGCCACCUAUUAUAAAAAGAUAUUUAGCUAGAAAUUAUGAUUUACAUAACAUACCUAUUGGAUCGAAUGAAGUACUUAAUAAUAUGCAACAUUUGCCUAAUGAUAUUGGAUUCUUUUUUGCUGGUAUUUAAAUUCAUUAGAUAGUUAAAAAUAAUACAUUUUCUUUUACAAGUAUAAUUUUGUUUAAUCUAAUGAUAAUAGAUAAUGCUCAAAUCGCCAUAAAAACUUCAAUUUACACCGGUGAAAAAAUUACACGACAAACCCAAAUAUCAACAGACGCACAAUUUUUGCUUUUUUCAGUGGAUACAAAUUUGAUUCAAAUAUUGACUAUGAAGUAAUCAUAUGAAUUUUAUUAUUAUUUUUGAUUAAUCAUUUUAAAAUUAGAGUUUGUUCUUAACUUGUACUAUCAAUUGAUUUAUUAAUAAAUAUUAUAUAAUAAUUAUUAAAUUUAAAAAAAAUGUUAUAUUGAAUUAACUUUAAUAAGCUAUGACAAACAUAUCCAAUUAUGUUAUAAUAUAUUCAUCAAUCAAUUCAUUUAUUUUUUUCAGGAAAGAAGAACUUAUAGUAGAGUGUAACCAUUUUGAACAACAAUUAACUGAAUCUAUGAAUCAUCUACAAGUUAUUGAAGAUAGUCGUCAACCUUUUUUUACAAGAAAGAAAGAAAUACAAGGAAGUUUUAUGAAAUAUCAAAACAAAAAAAAUGCUUUUGAUAAAAUGACAAAAGAUGUAGAGUUUACUCGAAGUGAACUUAAAAGAGAAGAGGAAAAAUCAACCAAAUAUGUAGUUGAAAAAAAAGUUUGUUUGCAAAGAAUUAUUAAGCGCUGUCUCUCGUACGUAAUAUAGUAACAAAUAUAUUUCACAUUUAGGCAAUUGUAAUUCUCUAGUUAAAGGCAAUUUAUUAUACAUUUUAUAAAAAGAUCAUUUUUUACUAUGCCUUUGUUAAAUGAUUUUUUAAACAUUUUCAUUUAUUAAAACCCAUUUUUUUAUGAAAUUAAAAUACUAUAAAUAAUCAUUUCAUUAAUUUGUAAUAAAUGCCCUUUUUUAAAAUCUACAAUAGAUCCUUUGUCCUCAAUUCAACCAAAGAGUCCCUUUCAUUGUAGUACAAUGUGUAUUUAUUUCUAUAUUAUGCGUGAGGCAGACAGAGAAAACAAGUUAUUUGUAGAAAAUCCCAAUAUUUGGCUUAUUGACUUUUAUUUUUAUAUUGUUAGCAAAAAACCCAGAAGUAUUUUGAUUCAAUGAGUGAAGCAGUUGAACUUUUAAACAAUUAUACUGCAUGUAUUAAAUUGUUCAUGGCUUCAACUCUUAUUGUUAAUCAUUUUUGUGAUGGGAUGCACGAAGAAAAUAUGAUUUUGAUGCAAUUAAAAUCAAUUUAUGAAGCUACUCUGGUAAAGUGCUUAUACAUUUUAAACGAUUAGCUUAAGUAAUGUUCAGUAAAGUUAACUAUUGUUUUUUUGAUCUAUAUCCAUAGAAUAACUUUAAUGAAUAUCUGAUGUACCUACGAAAAUUGGAAUCUGAAUUCAAGAAAAUGUUGGAUGUGGCUUUACAUUGGUCUCAAGGAGUGACUCCUUAUGAUACUGCAUUAUUUGAACCAUUUAAAGAAAAAUUUGAUAGUAUAGAACAAAAUGAUAUAAGCGACUUAGAUGAGUUAAUUGUUGAGAUGAAAGCUAAACUCAACUGUCUCAAUAUUGACCCUAACGCGCCUAAGGUAUUUGUAUGCUGACUUAAUGAUUAAGUUAUAAAAAACUGUAUGAGACAUUAUAUUUUAUUAAACAGAUAAUACAAGAAUAUAAAAACCGUAAGCUAAAUAUCAAAAAUAUGCAAAAGCAAAUGGAGGAUUUAAAUAACAAUGCACAAUCUAAAGAAACUGAAAUAGAAACAUUACAAUCUGAAUGGCUACCAAAGCUAAAAGCACUUGUUAAUUUACUGAGUAAAAAUUUUUCGACUUUUCUUACUUCAUUUGGUUGUGAUGGUGUAAUUGAAUUAGAUACUGGUGUCACAAGGGUAUAUGAUCAUAAUUAACAUUUAUAUAUUUUAUUUACAAUGAUUUAAAAUUGUGGUUUUUGUAGUAUGAUUUUGAAGCUUAUGGACUAAUGAUAAAAGUACAAUUUCGUAAUGAUAAUCCUUCAAUGAGGCAAUUGGAUGUUAAAAGUCAAAGUGGUGGAGAACGAGCAUUGACAACAGCUCUCUUUUUGUUAGCUCUCCAAGAAGUCACACAUUUUCCAUUUAGAAUUGUUGAUGAAAUUAAUCAGGUUUGUCCAAAUAUGUAAUUGAACUAUAAAUGAUUAUUCAUAGUUAUUUAUUUAAAACAAAUUCUUACUGGUUUUUUACAAAUAUUUUGAAGUGCUUAUUUCAAAGCUAUAAUAUAAUUUUAAGUACUAUAAAUCCUGAACCCUGAUAAUUAUGAUUAGUAUUUAUUAAUUUCUUUUUAUACUAUAGGGUAUGGACAAGGUUUAUGAAAGGAAACUAAUGGAACUAUUUAUGCAUUUAUUUGAAGACAGAAACAAUCAGUAUUUUGUUAUUACACCAAAAGUAUGUACAAAAUAUUUAUUCUAAUGAAAUACAAAUAUCUGACAAUAUCUGUGGUUCUAAUUUGUUAAUGUUUUAUGUUUUGUGUACGUAUUGAAUUAAUAGUGGCACUUUUUAAAUAGUUAAAAGAAAAUUAUUAACUAUUUUUUAUUAUUUUUUUUUUUUGUAGUUAAUAUAAUCUUUGAUAAUAUAAAAUAAUAUAGUAUUUAAUUAUGUUUCAGUUAAUAAAAAAUCUUUCGUUCAGGAAUACCACAGUAGAUAUUAUAAAUUGUCGUUUCAAUUGUAGAAAUAAAUAACCGUUAAGUAUUUAUAUAGAAGAUCUUUAUGUGUAUGAUUUUUUUUUUAUUCUGGUUAUUAAAUAAUGGUUAUCACAGUUUUUAAAUAUUGUAUUUAUUUUCUAGUUUUAAAUUCGUGUUUAAUAAUGUUUUAAUGUUAUUUUGUUUCUAAUGUUAAUAUUCUUUAUAGUUCUCAGAUAUGAUUAGUUAUUAUAAUGUUUUUUACUUGUAAUAAAAAUUAUUUAUGAGUUAUUUUUAAUGUGAUAAAAGGUUGCAUUAUGUUAUUUAAUAUUAAAUAUAAUUUGUUUUUU